CUAACGCAUCAGAGCUGCUCUCCCUUGGCCCUAGAGCAAGAGCCUUGGCCCGAGGGGUAGGAUGGCCAAGAAGGCAGCUGCUUCGGGACUAGAGGAGUUAGACCUGAGCGGAGAAGAGGUCCAACGACUCACCUCCGCCUUUCAGGACCCGGAGUUUCGGCGAAUGUUCGCCGAGUACGCCUCGGAGCUCAACGACCCAGAAAAUCGGCGGCGCUAUGAGGAGGAGAUCACCGCGCUGGAGCGUGAGCGCGGAGUGAAGGUGCAAUUUGUGCACCCGGAGCCAGGCCACGUGUUGCGCACCAGCCUGGACGGGGCGCGUCGCUGCUAUGUGAACAUCUGUAGCAAUGCGCUGGUGGGUGCGCCCAGCAGCCGGCCGCGCUCCGCGGGAGCGAGGUCGGGCAGCCAGUGGUCCCUUCCCUACAGCCUGGCUCCCAGCCGCGAGUACGCGGGAGGCCGCGGCGCCCGCUACACGGCCUACGACGUGGUUUUCCACCCAGAAGCGCUGGCGUUGGCUCGGCGACACGUGCGUUUCCGCCAGAUGCUGGACGCCACGGCCUUAGAGGCUGUGGAGAAGCAGUUCGGUGUAAAACUGGACCACAGGAAUGCCAAGACCCUGAAGAUCAAAUACAAGGGGACCCCGGAGGCCGCCGUCUUGCGCACGCCCCUGCCUGGGGGCGCCCCUACCCGGCCCGAAGAUGAGCCAGAGAGCCCGCUCCCGGAUUUCCCCUACCCUUACUCCGGUCCGGCCGUCACCGAGGACGCCCCGGUCUCCCAGCCCCAGGCGCCCUCCCCUCCUCCCGAGCCUGACCAGCCGCCUGCCCCCACCGAGCCUCGCUACAGCGUGGUGCAGCGCCACCACGUGGACCUCCAGGAUUACCGCUGCUCCCGGGACUCGGCUCCCAGCCCCGUGCCCCGGGAGCUGGUGGUGACCAUCGAGCUACCGUUGCUGCGCUCGGCCGAGCAGGCGGCGCUGGAGGUGACGGGGAAGCUUCUGAGCCUCGACUCGAGAAAACCCGACUACCAUCUGAAGCUGUCGCUCCCAUACCCCGUGGACGACAGCCGCGGCAAAGCGCAGUUCAACAAGGCCCGGCGGCAGCUGGUGGUGACGUUACCUGUGGCGCUGCCAGCCCCGCCCCCGGAGCCUGCCCCGGCGCCGGAAGUGUCGGGCGACGCGCCCGGAACUGACGGCACGCCCUGCGCUUCCCCUUGCGAGGAGGAGGCGGACCCGACGUGGCCUGACCAGCGGGAAGGCGACUCGGGUCCGUGUCCAGCCCGGACCCCUGACUACGCCGGCAACACCUCGGCGUGCACCGCUGGAGGGGAGCUUGUCUCCCAGCCCCGGGAGCGGGACUUCGGCGAGCGAAUGGCGGUGACUGCGGGAGUCCGCGAGGAGCCGGGUCCCGCAGCGGAGAGCUUGCCCGGGGGCGGUGGCGGUGGCGGAGGCUCGUUGUGUACUUCUUUCGGGGAUUUUGUUGGGGGACCUUCUGUAGGAAGAGGGGGUACAUGCGAAGACCUCGGUUUGGAGGUGCGCCUGGCGGGAGAGGGCUCCAGCAGCGAGCUAUCUGAUCGAGCCAUGGGUUGUCCCGAGGCCGACAGCGGGGGACUGUUGUGUCCUCCUCUGCACUGUACUCAGGACGAAGAAUCCCUGACCCUGCUAAUCCAAGUGCCUCAGAUUCAGUCGCAGAGUCUUCAAGGGGAUGUGAACCCCCUUCGGUACAAAUUGUGCUUCUCCACGCAAGACCUAGUUUAUUACUCCUUUGUUUUGCAAUUUGCUUCAGAGAAUAAAUUGAGUACUAAAGAACCAAUGGUUAGCAUUUCUUCAGACAAUGCAGUGAUAGAACUCGCAAAAUCGCCCGAGAGCUAUGGACAGUGGAGACAGUGGUAUUAUGGUAUAAACGACAGUUCUUUGGAGGAAAGGUUGUUUGUCAAUGAAGAAAAUGUAAAUGAGUUUCUUGAAGAAGUCUCAAGCUCUCCAUUCAAACAGACAAACCAUCCAGUACCGUUAAUUGAAGUUCUUCAGGUUUCUGAUAGUAAGAUUCAGAUUCAUGCCAAGUUUCAAGACUGUAGUGACUCUGAUCAACUACAUGAAAAGGAAGAAAAAGUCAAUGAAGGAAGUCAUCUGACUGAAAAAGAAAAUAUAGAACAUCCUACUACCUCAAUACCUGAUUCUGAUUCAUCCAUAGCAAUUAAAGCACCAGAAAUAGAAGGUGGUGGUACAGUUACAUGCUUGCAACAAGAGUCUCUUGAUGUUUCUCAGACUUUAUUUGGAAAGUGUCAGCAACCUGAGUUUCAAACAAAACCUGAAUCUGUAUCAGAAAAAUGUGCCAUUUACUUAAAUGAGAAAAAGGGUAAUUUAAAAGCAGCAGCAGUAACUGAAGAGAAGGAAUUAGAUGGACAUCACCUAUAUUCAUUACAGAACAAAACUAUAGUUCACAGUAUGACUGAUUUUGACAACAUAAAAGAAACCAAUAUGCAGGAUGGUAGUGUGACGAUUAUUAAAGAUCAUGUGACUCACUGUGCAUUCAGUUUUCAGAAUUCUUUGCUAUAUGACUUGGAUUAAUUUUGUGUAACUUUGAAGGUUAAAGGCUAAAAAUGGAAUUAAAAUAGAUUGUUAACUACUAUCUUAAAACUGAUAGUAUUCAAGGAAAUACAAGUUAAAAUUGAAAUUUGGAUUCUAGAGACUGGAGUUAAUGUUUUUGUAUCUGCAAAGUUCAUGCAACUUAAUUAUGGAUAUAAAUUUUGUGAUUUUCUUACGGAUGUAUAAUUUUUUAAUGGAGAAUUAAAUCUUCAGUUUUAAUAAUAUACAUUUUUCCAUGUGCGUUGUUUUUGGCUUAUCAUUCUUGCAGUCAGUUUUCACUGUGUUGUGUCACAAAAGUAAUUCUCAUAAAUGCAAAUAGCCAAAAAUAUGGAUGUAGGUAUGGGAGGUUAGAAACUUAAAAAUGCAUGUGUAAGUAUCACUAGGAUGUAUUUAUGUUCCAAUUCUUAGACUCUUAAAAUUUUACUAAUCUUCAAUUAUAGUACACAUACACGGAAUGAAGUUUAUUUUG